AUGGGAUGCCCAAAUGAGGAUAAGUUCGAAAAAAAUGGCAUAUGCUGUGAUCGGUGCCCUGCAGGACAACAUGUGGUAGAGGAUUGUACCGCCACUGAGAAGACCAAGUGUGAAGACUGUAGACAUGGGCGCUUCACAACUGGGAAAAAUUCCGUCCCUAAAUGCUUUAAAUGCAGCGCAUGCAGUCGUGACAACCACAAGGAGAAAGUGAAGGAUUGUACAGCUAAGACGGACACAGUGUGCGGGUGUAUUUUGGGCUAUUACUGUAGCAAUGAGAACUGUGAGCACUGCCAGCCUGUGAAGCGCUGCGAUAAAGGCUUAGGGGUCGAAAUAAAAGCCACUCGCACAAAUAAUACAAGUUGUGCUCCGUGUCGAGAGGGGACCUACAGCAACGUAACAGAUUUCAGCUCCCCCUGUCAAGAACACAUCAGAUGUGAGGUCUUUGGGAGAGAGUUGCUAACUCCUGGCACUCCAACAACCGAUGCCAUCUGUGGUGACUUCAAAACCUAUUGUCCCUGGAUUAUACCUACAGGUCUGUGGUCAGGCUUCUUGCUGACCGUACUCAUCGUGUUUUGUCUCGUCUGCUGGAGGGCAAAACGCAGAUCCUUCAGAGCAGUGAAAUCCAGCCCCAGCGUUCAUGUUACUCUGUUGGAUGUGGUCCCAGCAGCCCCUAUUGGUCCACUGGAGCUGCCUUUAAAGUCCACAGAACUGAACGAUAUCUGCCAAGAGAGCUAUCCACUGAAGGACUGCAAGUUAUCACUUUUUAACCCAGACGAUAAUGAGAUCUGCUGCAGCACACAAGACAGCAUGGACAGCAGCUUUCCCAUAACGCCGCUGAAGGCAUCAGUUUCAUUUGUUGAGACGAAACAGACCAAUGGAAGUCCCGGACACUGCACUGGCUUCUUCAGGACACACUCAGAGCCACAAGAGGACGAGUGGUGUGGGACAUAACAUUAGUGCAUUUUGUCAUAGCAAUAUAUUUAUGAGGUUCAGUGCACCUC